AUACAUACGUUGUGUGAGGAAUAUUAAAACUUAUCACUUCUGUGUCCUCGCUAAACACAUUUAAUAAGAGAGGUGGUGAUAGUUAAUUUCGUAAUAAUGUGGGAUAACGUUAUCGAGUAUUUAAAGGAUCCUCUUCUUGUCGUGAAAGUGCAAAAUUUUUUCGGAGUAAUUUAUAAAAAUAGUAUUAAUCGUCAGAGCGAUGAAUCAACCGAGGUGAUACACUCUGAUAGGUUAGAACAAGUGAAUGAAGAGUACGACUUAAAACAACAUAAGAGAAUACCAAGUAAUAUAUCGAGCAGUUCACAAUCCUCAAACGACACCGAUAGUUCAUGGGAAAGCAAUGGUAAAGAUGAAAUCGUGUGUACCGUGAAUAAUAGAUUCUGGUACUACUUAUUCGUGCUGGGUACUGCACUCGGCGAUGAGAUAUUUUAUGCCACUUUCAUCCCAUUUUGGUUUUGGAACAUUGAUGGAGCAGUCGGCAGGAGAGUUGUUCUAGUUUGGACUAUUGUCAUGUAUAUAGGUCAAGGCAUCAAAGACAUAGUUAGAUGGCCCAGGCCAGGCUACCCAGUUAAGAAGUUACAAGAGAAAUGGGCUAUAGAGUAUGGUAUGCCAUCUACACAUGCCAUGGUUGGAGUGUCCAUACCAUUUUCAGUUCUAUUGUACACUAUAAAUAGAUAUCAAUAUCCUGAACUAUGGGGUGUUGUUAUUGCUGUCACAUGGUGUACACUUAUUUGUGUCAGCCGAGUCUAUCUUGGAAUGCACAGCAUACUGGAUAUAGCAGCAGGACUAGUGUUGUCGUCAUCAUUGCUCAUAGUGCUGAUCCCUCUAGUGGACCAUCUGGACGGGAUCCUGUUGACGAAUAAUUUCGCUCCUCUUGCUAUUAUUACUAUUUCUAUAUUGGCCAUCGUGUUCUAUCCAAAUGCCGACAAAUGGACUCCUACCAGAGGCGACACGACGAUGAUAGUGAGCGUGUGCGCGGGCAUCCUGGGCGGGUCGUGGUGCAACUACCGCGCGGGCAACAUGGCGGCGAGCGCGCUGGCGCCGCCCUACGCGGUGAUCUGGCCCUCGGUGGAGAUGGCGGGCUGCGCCCUCCUGCGCACCGUGCUCGGCUUCUGCGGCGUGCUGGCCACGCGGGCCGCGGGCAAGUCCGUGUCGUACGCGACCGUGUGCGCCCUCCUCGGCAAGGACAAGAACGAGCUGCGCGACUCCGAGAACAGCCUCGACAACAAGAACAAGAUCCUAGUGGAACUCUGCUACAAGUACUUCACGUACGGUAUGAUAGGGUUCAACACUACGUACGUGUUCCCGAACGUGUUCGAGUUGCUGCAGAUCAAUAGGCCCACCUAUUACACGGAGAUUUAAAUCUAGUCACGUGACAUUAUUCUUCAUUACCGGUAGUUUUUUAUCGUUAUUCCGUUACGAAUAUUUCCUUCCUUGUUAUUGAAUUAUUAUGAUAGCGUUUGUAAUCUCAGCAGGUGUUUUGAUAAAAAUAAAUCUACGAAUGAUGUGAUCGCUCUGUCUAGUGAGCACUUUAAGGUUGUGUGCACACAUAUAAAAAUGAUAAAAAAUAUAUUCAUAUAUGUCAUUUUCAGGGCUCGAUGAGAGUUUCCUAAUACGAUCAUUAGUCACGAUUACAUUUUGCCUAUCUGGCCGAGAAUAUGCAGUGAAUGGUAACAAUGUAUACCCACCUCAAAUCGAGACAAACCAAACAAACAUGCAUAACGAACCGUUGAUGUAAUGUCUGUACACGACUUUAUACACUAAUGAAAUGAAUCAGGCUACUGUUGUAUCUGAUAUUUAGAUUUGUUUAAUAAACCAAACAGUUCUUUAGUAUUGUAUUUGCUUAAAUCACUCAAUAAUUGCCAAAAUGAAAGCGCGUGCGAGUUUACACCGGACCACCCCGUCCAUAGGGAGCACCCCGUUCUCUUUUGCAUGUUUCUUGUAUGUUUUUUGUACUUCAAGUUUUCGUCAGUACUUUAGCCACUAAACUAAAGUAGUUACUACAGUUUAGUGGCACGGUAAAAAGUGCAGUACAAUACAGUGUGAACGGGGUCUUAUUAUCAACUCGUUCUGAAGUGCAAUCAUAAUAUGAUUAAAGAUGCAUCCACAAUUAAAAUAAAUGAAACUGUAACAUUUUCACAUUAAGACACUGUGGGCAUUCAUUAAUAUUUAUAAUUAUCCACCGACUAAUGACAAGAGGAAGUAAUUUUAUAGUAAAAUAAAAAAUAAAAAAAAAAUAUCUUUGAAUGAAUGCAUGAAUGAAUGAAUUAUUUGUUAUAUUUACACUUUUAAAAUACAUAACAUCACUUUAUAUCUAUGAAACUACUCAUUAUGAUAUUUAAGAAAGAAAGGCUAUUAACAUACCAGACAUAAAUGUAAUGUACUUAUACAGAGCUAUAUAAAGAAGUCUUUCGUUAUUAGCAUUUUUUUAUAAUUGACCUAUUUAUAGUUAUGUUAAUGUCGAAUGAAACUUGUAUAACUUUUUUAAUAUUUAUCACUAUUAUAAAUGGAACACCGCGCCUCGCG